ACCCAAGGCUUCUUCAUCAGCAGACGAGAGACAAACUCUUGCGGAGAGGCUGCUUCCUAAGCCAACUCCGACCGUUGUUGAUGAGUACGUACCGCUGUUCAAUAUUACGCCCCCAAGUUCAGUUCCUGAUGCGGGUCCGUUUAGUAUGCUAGAAGAAAGAUCGGGCGGCAUUGCGCGCGUAAUACGAGUGAGAGCUGAUCAGAAGCCUCCCACUGGAUUCUCAUGGAAGGAUUAUGAUAACGUGGAGCUCGAGGAGAGUGGGACUACAAGCGUGAAUGACGAGGAUGAUGAAUCAGGAUGGGAUGUUGUAAAAAGUAAAAGGAAAAGUACGUCAUGAUGCAUUGUUAAUUCAUGCGUCAGCAUGCUGAGGCGGAAUGCUGCACAGAGCGAACUGAUACCCCUAAGGUACGUUAUGAACUUGCUGCUGGCUUGGCCGCAAAUGUUCAAUCUAUCUGUCCCGUGAUCCCAGUCUACCCCUCCACCUCCACCCACAAAGAAGCAACUGCAGAAUGCCGCACGCCGCGAAGCUGAGAAG